UACCUACUUGCCUCGAUGGCUUCGCUACAUUCAUUUCUGCAUUUCUCCCCUUUCUCUUCUUCUUCUUUUGCUUCUUCCAUGGCGUACCAUUUGUUUCUUCAGCCGCCGCAUUUCUCCUUCUACACACAAACUUUUAAACCCUCUAAUGGAUGGAAUUGGAAGCCUAGUUCAAGUGCAUUACACUGUUCAAUGUUCCACCGAAGGCUGCAGGGGAAUCAUUUCACGGAAAAUACGAGCAAUUUACUUGGAUUACGGUUUGCUGGUUACACUUCUUCAAAAGGUACAUUUCAAAGUGCAUUCUCGGCAGUGUCUUCUUCCCCUCCUUGUGAUCCCUCUGAUACUGGCAACAAGGCUGUUUUACACGAGGGUGAUUCUCCCGCAAUCGAAUUCAAUCGGGUAAAUUGUCUUGUUUGGGUAUUACAUGAAGCUGCCAGAAGCUUUUCCCUUGCAGUUGAGUCACUUGAGUUGGAUGGAAGCUGUGCUGAGAUUGCAACGGCUUGGAAUGGAAAGGAUGUGCAUCAAUGGCAUAAACGUAUUGCUCAUCGGGUAGCUGUUUAUGCUAUGUUGAAAACGGUAAUCGAAGUGGAGAUAUUGCUCUCUCAAGAACGUCAUAACAAUCCAUCCCCAGUUAGAAAGAUCUUGACUGCAGAGACAGGUUCAUUAGAGGAGUUCAUUGAAAGUCGGUUGAAAUUGAGACAUCCAAAAUUGGUACAAUGGUUCAGAGUGGUGGAACUUCCAAGGAUGACAGGAUUUUUCAUUCCAUUGUUAAAGAAAUGGUCUAUGGAGUAUGCAGGAAGUGGUGUUGCAGGGAUUAUUAUGGCUAUUAGCUGCUGUGCCGCAGUAGAGAAAUUGAGUUCUGAACAUACCUCUUGUCCCUUGUCUAAAAUAUCAGUAGGCGAUGCUAUAGUGGAGCUUAUGGAUCUUUCACAUGGUAUUGUUUCGGUCGACAGAUUACACCACUUAGCAACUGAGGCAGGAUUUGAAGCUCAUUUCCUGUCACAUUUUGGUGCAAAGGUUCUGUCUAGCAAGAAAAGUGAUGAGAUAGAAUUUUGGAUAGGGUUGGCUCAGAGGAAACUUUCAGUAGCUUUCACCAAAGAAACCAUGAUUCCAGGCAAAUUGGCAUUUAACAGCAAGCUUCAAGCAGAUAGCUUGGCUACAUUAGGACUUUUUGCUUAUCUAGGGAGGAAGACUAGAUUGGUUUUUUCACAAUUGCGUAUAAAUGAUCUAGAUGAGCUGGUGAAGGACUUCCUGAGCUACUUGGAGUGCGGCAGCCUUUUCAUUUACCCGGAGUUCUCUUCGAUAUCAGUUUACCAAUUCUUCAUGGAGGUAGUAACUGAUGAAAUUGGAUGGCUUGAUUUUUAUGGAAAUUGUUCUUUCACUAGCAAUUAUGAAAAAAGGUCCAAGCAGCAUGCGAUACAAGCAGAGAAAGAAAUCAUACUGUCAAAUGUUUUUACUGUUUGCUAUGAUGUUUUUUCUGGGUUUGCGCACUUCAGCCGCUCAGCUCAGCAGCCCUUAGAUUCUCAAUUGUUAGCAUUCUUGCUCCAGAGUCAAAGGCUGUUAUCUUUAUGUCUGGAAGAUUACUGGGCUGCUUACGAUAGAUUGGGGGAACCGUUAAAGAUUACAGACUCGGGUGCCUCUAAGCAUGGACCAUCUACUGGAGCUCCUGGCACAACCCGGUUUUCAGUGGCGUUGAAAGCACUCGCAGAGGAAUCUCAAAUUGAUGAAUUUGGACAGUUUCGUCUGCUGAAGAAGCUGCAGCACUUCUGUGCAGCCAGCAAAGAUACGGUAACCUUUGCAGAGGGAACUGACAUCCCGAAAUCAAAUACCCUGCACGAGAGCUUAAUUAGAAAAUGCUGGACCAAAUUGAUUUCUUCAAGUUUCGAUGUAUGGUUGGGAACUCAGUUGCUAUUCGUUGACCUCACAGUUUCCCUGGAGCUACUCGCAAAGCAAUUGCGAGGGCAGAAGGUCACAGCCAGAGAGAAAAGGAAGUUAAAAAGAACAUUGAAUGACAUUGCUACACUUAUUCCUGUUACAAUUCUAAUGCUCCUUCCUGUAUCAGCUGUAGGUCAUGCAGCAAUGGUAGCAGCAAUCAACAAGUACAUACCGUCUUUGAUUCCAUCACCAUAUACUUCUGAGCGUUUGGAUGUUGCGAAACAACUGAAAAGAACCAAGAAGAUGGAAGUUACAUCCUGGAGCAACCUUGAAGACUCUACCUCUUAACUCAAAUUCCCAUCUUCACAUUUGAUUUCAGACA